AUGGAACCCCAAUGCGACCAGGCCAAUCCAGCCCCCAACUCAGAGGAUCCUGAGAACACUGCAACGCCCAGCGUGCCGCCGACAACCGUGGACGAGGUUUCUAAAACAGGUGGCCAAAACGAUGCCGGAAGCCAGUCACCCGAUAAUGAAGAGAACAAGUGCACCCGUAAAACUGGCUGUCGUCAGUGCUGCCACGACGAUUUUAGAAUGGAGGACCCUGACAGGCUCAGGGCAUGUUGCGAGACAGAUUCGGACUCAGGAUAUGCCUCUGAUGAAGACGAGGACGAUGAAAGCUUUGGUGGACGUACUUGCAGAUGAUAACCUAGAAUCAGCGCAGCAGAACAGCGCUAUUGUCUACAACCUAGCAGAGAUGGUCAGAGGAUACGGUUUGGUACAGGUCCCAUUUUCUAGUUCAUGUCUUGAUAGGGGAGUUAUUGUGUGUGCUUUUAUAUGAGCAUUACGGAUACUCUUGGUUUGAUAGGCCAAACAAGACAUCAGCUUUUACCUUGCACCUUACCACGCUUGUCCCUUGAAGCCAAAAUAUCCUUUUAACUGCACUCAAAUUAGCCUUGCAAACCCCUCUGAAGUCAAAAUAUAUACUCAAUCGCGCCUUAUAUUGGUUUCACGAACCGUCCCGUAGCCAUAAACCCCAGUAGACCCAUAUCUGAGAAUGUUGCUGGAGGAGUUCUACUUGGUAAUAGUAUUCUCAUGUGGUUCUUCCUGAGCCCAGGAGGGACGUUGGAAAAUGCGCCAUAUAUGCAUAGACGCUCAAAUAUAGGUGUCAUAUAGGCCUUCA